GAUAUUUCUAUUAUACUUUUUGUAUAAUAAGUACAACGAUAAAAUGAUAGUUCAAAAUUAUUCAAUCAUACAAGAUGGUGUACACAUCGUAAACGCCAAGAUAAGUAUGCUGGCGAAUUUUACAAUAUAUUAUGGUAUGUUGUUCGAUGUAUAAUGUGAAUGUAUUCUUUAAAAUAUUAGGUUAAAUGAAUUAUGUCUAUGGUUGGUGGAAAUCGAUUUGCAAGUUUAAAUAUUUGUUUGGUAUAAAAACACAUUUUUCUACCAUUUUAUUAUAAUGAGUAGCAAAAUGAGCUCUGCUAGGAAAGCUGUUGCUACCCGCAGUAACAAAAAUACGGUGGAAAGUAACCACCAUUUGCCUACUUCUGGAUUAUCUUAUGAUUGUGAUAAACUGUUAGAAAUAAUUGUGAAAACCAAGGGCCGUAAACGUACAUCAACUAUGGUUAGCAGUAACCCAACUAGUCACAAAGUAGAAGAAAAAAAGAAACCUGGUCAUAGUGGUGAUCAAAACUGGGGUAGGGUGUUUAGAGAACAAAAUAAAGCUGUUAUGAAACAAGAGGCAACGAGAGUACCAGGUUCAAAAUCAUCAAAACAUGGUAAUGAUAUUAAGGAGACUAAGAAACAUUUUCUAAAUCAUCAGAAACUAGAUCACAAAUUUUUAGAUGAAGUUCCUGUCAAGCAAUCAACUUCUCAGAAAAGAAUAGAAGAACAUAUAAAAUCUAUACCAUACAUUACAAAUCCAUCAAGUACAUCAAUACCAAGCACUGUGGAAUCUGUCAUAGUUUAUGACAGAGGAGUACAAUGUGAUGGAAUAUCUGAUUAUUCUGAUGACAAAUUUGGUGUGUUCAACCCGGUUCAUACAUUACAUUUUUUAAUAAAGGAAUUAGAACACUUAGUUAAAGAUGAUAAAGCUAAUAAAAUUCUUGCUGAUAUGGAGCAAGUAGUAUUUAGAAUACCAAUUGAACCCAGUAAACCACCUAUAGUGCAGGAUUUAGAAGCUAAAUUAGAAACAACUAGACAAAUGAAUUCUAUGUAUGAAGCAUUACGCGAGGAGAGAGAUUCUUUACUGCGACAAGUUCAUGAACAACAAUUGUUAUUAAAUGAAGCUCAAAAAAGGCAGUUAGAUUUAGAAGUAAUUGAAAAAACAUUAAAACAAGAAUUAGAUAAAACAAUAAAAACUAUUCAAGCUAGAGAUAAAACAAUAACCGAAUUAACAGAAGAGAUGAAGAAUUAUGAAUCUUCUCAAAAAAUUGUAGCAGAGUUAAGAACGAAUCUCGCUGAACAAACUGAACGUGUAAGACAGUUGAAUUCAGAGGUGAAGUAUUUAACAUUGGAAAAAGAUAAACUUUCAGUUUUGUCAUCAUACAAACAUUCAUUAUUAAUCGAACAUCUUAAUGAAAUCAAGAAGGUUCAACAUUUCAUUGCAGACCAAUUAAAAGAUAUUUAUAUUCACGAAGAUAAUUCGAAUCCACAAAUUCCAAUUGUUCAUGAACGUCGUGCAUGUUCAUCGCCUACUUCUACCUCUUCACAUGAUUCUAAUAUACGUACCUCUUGGCACGAUAUAUCUGAUGUUUCUUUAUCCACAGUGGAUCAUGAUCCAUCCAAAAUUAAACAUGUACAAGGUUUUCUGCAUAAAUCAAAUAAAAUACCAGUCUUUUCAGAAACUCAAAUUGAGAACCUAGAAAACAAACAAAUCAAGGAUGUUCAAGAACCUUCGAUUAAAGAUUCUGCCAAUUUAGAAUUUAUUAGUUUACCUGCUGGAGAAUCUUCACUUACCCUUUUACCUUCUUAUAAAGACCUGGGUUGCACAGAAGUUAGCCAAUAUGUUAAUCAAGGAAAAGAUGAUGUAGUAACAUUUAGUAAUAAAAAAAACUAUAAUUUACAAAGUUUUAAAGAUACAAAUAAAAUAUCAUCAUCGGAACAUUUAAAUUUGUCCAACAAAAAGGCUCAUGAGAAAGAGACUGAUGUACAAGAAUCAAAUAGAAUUAAAAAGUCUAUGGAGUCAAAUAAAGAACAAAGUUCGCCUCAUAAUUUAAUAGGCUCUAAUAUAACAGAACAAUUUCAGAAUAUAGUUGAAGAUAUAAGGAUGCAAAGUAAAAUGCCAGUUAACAUACCAAGUCCACUAAGGAGUUAUCCUCAUCCAGAAUGGAGCGAUAGUACUUUACCCACUAUCAGUACUGCUUCGGACAUAAAUGUGAUAUAACUUAAUAAUUCUUAAAUUUAUAUUAAAUAUUUUGCAAGAAAAAUGCAAUCUUAUUAUCCAAUUAAAUUAU